AUGGAGUCUACUGGAGCAACCGACAAGAAAACAAAAAAAGUGGACUUGAAUGAACAUCUUCUUUCGUUUGAAGAAAUUCAAAAGCUUCACAAAACCUCCUUCGAUGCUCGCAAACCGGUUGCAUCGGCUGGUCUCACACCCACCGAGGUGACCCAAAGACAGGCUGAACAUGGCCCCAACAUUUUGACGCCCCCCAAGCAAAAGUCUCUUUUAUUGCUUUACUUGGAAUGUCUUGCCAAUCUAUUUAAUCUCCUGCUCCUAAUCGCUGGUGUCUUUACCUAUAUCCUCUACGGGAUUGAUCCAGUCGGGAAUUAUCUUAACCUUUAUGUGGGAGCUAUUCUGUUGGGCGUGGCUUUGCUCAACGCGUUCAUUGAGUUCUACCAGCUGCAAAAGAGUGCUGCCAUUCUUCGUUCCUUCAUGAACAUGGUCCCCAUGAAAGGACAUGCCAUUCGCGGGAGUGCUCUGGUUGACCUACCUGCAGCUGAACUCGUUGUGGGAGACAUUGUUUUUGUUCGACAAGGCGAUAAAAUUCCGGCCGAUAUUUAUGUAUUCCACUCGAGCGAACUCAAGGUCGAUAAUUCGUCCCUAACUGGCGAAUCUGAUCCGCAAGAACGUACUGCUCACAAUACCCAUAAAAACCCUCUCGAAGCAACCAAUCUGGCAUUUAGCGGCACUCUGGCUAUAUCUGGAGAGUGUUAUGGAGUCGUUAUUCGGAUUGGCGAUAAAACGGUUCUAGGACAGAUUGCCGGACUCACGCAAAAUGAAAAGAAGAGGCCCAGCCCGCUAUCACGCGAAAUCGAUGACUUUGUCUCCAUCAUCGCCACGAUAGCUUUCAUUUCUGCCCUUAUAUUCUUUAUUGUAAUCAUGAUCAAAGACAAAAAGAUAAACACUGCCUUCAACUUUGCAAUUGGAGUUCUCACCGCUUGGGUACCGCAGGGACUUCCGGCGACAAUGACGAUGCUAUUGACCAUUGCUGCAAAGCGCAUGGCCGCACGUAACGUCUUGGUGAAAGAUCUUCGUGGAGUCGAAACCUUGGGCGCAAUAACCCUUUUGGCCACUGACAAAACCGGAACACUUACAAAGAAUCGAAUGACAGUCGCGAGCAUUUGGACAAGUCUACGAAUCCUUUCAGCGGAUCCACAUGCAACCAAUUUGGAGGCCGAAGAAGGCGCUUUUGAUCAAUCUAUCAGUGGGGUCAAUGAAAUGCUACAUCUUUCUGCCAUGUGCACUAGGGCGCGCUUUGACCGAGCCGACGUUCCGGUUCCCGAGAGGAACAUCAAUGGGGAUGCGACCGAAAGUGGUCUUUUGCGUUGGUCAGCACAGCAAUUGAGCGACAUUGACCAAUUGAGCGCAAAGUAUCCCAAAGUUUUUGAAGUCCCGUUCAAUUCUGACAAUAAAUGGGCUCUAACCAUCCACCGGAAACAACAUGCAAACGGUGUCUUUACGCUGUACCUAAAGGGAGCCCCCGAAAGAGUUUUAAAGAUGUGCUCUGUUAUUCUGGUAAACGGCAAAGACGUGCCGCUGACCUCUGAGCAUGAACAGGCAUUUUUAAAGACCUACCAGUGGAUGGCUGGCAAAGGACGUCGAGUGCUGGCUUUUGCACAAUUACAAAUGCCUGCGGAAAAAUAUCCAGAAAAUAUAGAGUUUUCAAAGGAGAAGGAGAAUUAUCCAACGCGAGAUCUAUGCUUUAUGGGACUUAUCAGCUUGGAAGACCCACCCAAGCAUGGUGUUCGCGAAGCCAUUGGUCGAUGCCGAGAAGCCGGUAUAAAAGUCAUGAUGGUUACUGGUGAUCACCCUUUGACAGCCGAGGCUAUCGGACGUAAGAUUAACCUAAUGUUGGGCCAUACGAAAGAAACUUUGGCCAAAAAGACUGGUCGUCCAAUUGAGACUAUCCAAGAACACGAGUACUCUUCCAUCGUCAUUCAUGGUGAAACAAUCGAUGAUUUAACUGAUAGUGAUUGGGACAAAAUCCUUAUGAAGGAGGAAAUUAUCUUUGCCCGAACGAGUCCGAAACAUAAGCUGGAAAUCGUUUCUCGUGCCCAAAAUCUGGGACACAUUGUUGGCGUUACCGGAGAUGGUGUGAACGAUUCCCCAGCAUUGAAGAAGGCUGAUCUGGGGAUUGCUAUGAAUAUUUCUGGAUCGGAUGUUUCAAAGGAAGCAGCUUCGAUGAUUCUGUUGGACGAUAAUUUUGCUUCCAUCGUAGGCGGUAUUGCCGAAGGACGAUUGAUUUUUGCCAACCUAAAAAAGAGUAUCCAGUACACCUUGACGCAUAUCAUCCCCGAAGUUGUACCUUUUCUCCUCUAUGCUGUCGUUCCGCUCCCCAUUAUGUUAGCGACCCUUCAAAUUCUCGUCGUAGACCUCGGGUUCGAACUGUUUGCUGCUCUCUGUUUUGCCUGGGAGCCACCUGAAUCCAAAGAAGGCCUUAUGAAACUCCCGCCCCGUCAACCUGUGACGGAAGAGUCGAUCGUUCGCCGCAGACAGUAUCAAGCAGAGGAUCUGCAGCAUGGAGGUGGUUCUAGUGAGGACCUUUCAGAACUGGGCUUCUUUGAGAAACUUUCGAAAUUUGUACGCGCCCCGUUCACAUUGUAUUACUGGAAACGCAAGACUAGGCCUGCCAACGGCGAGGUGCUGGUUGAUGCUGGUGUUCUAUCCUGGGCUUAUAUUGAGGCUGCCAUUUUGGAGACUGGCGGAUGUAUCUUGGCUUUCUUUGUCGUGCUUUAUAACGCCAAGAGCGCCGCCACUGGCGAACCCUUCAGAUUGACACCGUACGAUGCAUACAACCUUCAAAAUAACGGUGGUUUUGUAACGGGAGCAUCCGACUAUAUCACGCAGUCAGGCCAUGUACUCAACGCGGAUGAUCAACUUGAUGCUCUAGCGCAGGGCCAAUCGGCAUUCUACUUUUGUCUCAUGAUCAAUCAAAUGUGGAAUCUGUUUGCCUGCAAGUUCAAAUACAGGAUGCCCUUUGGUAUUUACGUUUUCAAAAAUCGGUAUACCUUCCUCUCUGUUUUAUCUGGAUCUGCAUUCACGGCUUUCAUUGUCUACGCUCCACCUUUGAACACUGGUUUUGGCACAAGCUACCACCUGUCGCCUAUUUACUGGCUUAUUGGAAUGGCAUCCGGGGCCUUGAUCGUAGCUUACUCCGCUGUGAGAAAACUUUUACUUCGCCAUUUCUUCCCUGUUACUUGGAACCCGGCAAUCGAGGGGCUUAACAUGCAUCCAACUCGAUGGUCUAUGAUUCAAGGUUAAGCGGAUUGUCCGUCAGGAGGUAUCGCUCAAGAGGUACCGCUAUACGUUGUGCAAGGUCUAGACUGUUGAGAGUACUAGGUGGAGCGUGAUUUAAAACCUGAACGUAGUAAUGUGUGGAGAAGAUUACCUGGUUCAAAUUAGAAUAUAAAUUUCACGUCUCCAUAAGUAAGAAGAAUG